AUGGAGUUGCCGGACGGGUCAACGGAAGUUGUCCACCCUGAAGUUCGAGCGCACAUCAACAGUCUCGUGUCCGCGCUCGGCGGCACAAGCGCCGACGACGAUGGACGAUACAGACUCGGUGACGACGCCGUUUCAGUCCUCCGCGAUCUGAAGAAAUGGAUUCGACACUACGACGAAAAGACGAACCGCAUGGAUGUCGCCCGCUGCAUUGCAGACUCCAACAUCGUGGAAGGCGACCUUCUCCAGAUCCUCGCGAGCUGGCCCGAGAACGAUACCAACAACACAUUCAAAGCCCGCAUCGCUCUGGCUUGCUUUGAGAUUAUGGUGCCUCUUACGUGGCCAAUGGAAAGAGAUGCCGAACGAAUGACGGUCAAUCACCAUCGCCACAUGCCUGUUCUCGAGCUGGCGCAAGUGGGAUACAAGCGGGCCAUCAUCAACUUUGACGGUGCCCAGGUCCUCAACACAGCCAUCCGAGCAGCUCUGCCAUCGAUGGCAAUUUCCAUUGGCGAACGAUCAGCCCGCGACCAGGGCAUUAUCAAGCUCGUUCUUUUCUUCCUCCGCAACGUGGCCAUGAUUACCCCUCCUGCGGGUGUCCAAUAUGAUGGCGACGAGACACAGAUAUCCCGCUCCACGACGAUAGACGCAUUCUCGUUUCAGGACAUCUUCGCGGUGUUGCUAAUGAUUGCUUCGAACAUGGGCGAAGACUUCCGUACCGAGGACGUAAUUCUCAUGGAAGUCAUAUACCACCUGGUCAAACAGGUCGAGGUCAAGAAGCUAUUCAUGAACGAACAGCAAUUGCACCAGACGAAGGCCCAAGAACUCUCCACAAUGAUGAAAAAGGAGAGCGCGAUGCGCAGUGCAUUCAACCGCAAGGCCCCUACCCGUCACAACCGUUUUGGCACCAUGGUGUGGAUGCAGCGCGAAGAUGGCAAAGUAUCAACAAUCACUGGACAGGAUGCGCUCGCAGACAGCGCUACGCGGCAAAAGAAAUUGGAUGAGUCCAAGACGUUCAAACCUCCACGACGCGCGAAGAAAGAAGAGCUGGAAUCCAAGGACCUCGGUGCCCCAGUCAAGCUCAAUACAAGGGCUAAUGACCAGCUCCGGAGCUUUGUCGAAGACUUCCUCGAUGCUGGUUUCAACCCUUUAUUCGUGCAUGUUCGCAAGUCCUUGGACCGGGAAGCGCCCCAUGUUCUGUCUUACCAUCGUCGACAGUACAUGUACCUUGUCGCCUGGUUUCUGGAGGCGGAGCGAACUCGUAGAAAGUCAAAACGAGACUCGAAGAAACCAGGAGCCCCCGAAGAAGUCGGCAGCUUCAAUCUCGUGGCCGGUGUGCUUGACCAGGCGAUGUUCAUCACUCUCACAAAGACCAUGCACGACUCUUGGGACCAGAAGGAUUGGCCCACCCUGACGGCUGCGAUGCGUUGUUUCACGCAGAUUCUACUUACUGUCCAGGAGAUGACGGAGUCAGGAAACGAAGAUGACGAGGAGAUUGCGGAGAACACACUGAGUCGUCUCUUCUACGAAGACUCCACGCAUGAUUUGAUUGCCAAUGUCGUCAGACAAUACAAGGAGCAAGGCUUCGAGUAUCUCGACACCGCCACAGAGCUGGUGCAUCACUUCUUGCGAAUCUUGGAGGCCUACUCAAAACAAAACGUCGACAUGCAAGUUCGGUCUCGUAAACGGACUCGGCGAAAGAAGAAAGCCGAAAAAGAAGCAGGCAUCGAUACCGUUAACGAGGAGAAUGACGAGUCUGCCAACGAUGAGGCAAACGCCGAAAAGACGUCCAAAGAACGCAAGUUCGACUUCCAUCGGUUCACAUCGCGCUUCGCUCCCCAAGGUGUGGUCGAUACUUUUGUCGCCUUUACCAAGUUCUACAAGGAUCUCGAUGACUCUCAGCUGAAGCGUGCUCAUCGCUACUUCUACCGCAUAGCCUUCAAACAAGAGAUGAGCGUGAUGCUUUUCCGUGUUGAUAUUGUGCACCUCUUUUACAAUAUGAUCAAGGGACCGGAACCGCUCGACAAGAACUCCCCCAUGUACAGGGAGUGGGAAGAAUUGACCAAGCAAAUCCUCAGGAAGUGCACGCGCAAGAUUGAGCAGCGGCCCGAACUCAUAAUCGAGAUGCUAUUCUCCAAAAUCAGUGCCACCGCUUUUUACCUGGAAUUUGGCUACGAGAAACAAACCGUCUCGACAUCGACAGCUCGGCCCGCUGCAGAACUCGAGUUUAGGCAUAUUAUGGAUCUCGACCGGCAAAUCGCCACUGUUGUUGGCGCUCUGCUUGAUAAAAAUCAACAAGAUCAUAUCUCGUGGGUCAAGAAAGUUCUUGAUACCGCGGAAAAGGAGCGUGCUGCCUGGGAGGCGGCGGAUUUCCUCAUACCAUCGGUCGAGGGCACCGACGAGGACGCACAACCAACCGAUAGACACCCCUUCACUGUACGGCCGGACAAUGAUGCCCGCAAGACUGCCAUAUUCAAGAAUUCUCACCUGCGCCUACUCAUGAAGCUGGUAGGAUUUGAGAGGCUAGCACCGACUAUCGAGGAGACGCCCCAGUCCGUAUGGAUCCUGCCACCAUAUCUUGAUGCAGGUAUCCUUCGUACAUAUGCCAGGCACAUCAAUGAUGCCGAGUUUGACCCGCCCUCCUUUGAUGGUGCCAGCGCAGAGGACCAGCUCCGGCGCAAGAAAGUGGUACGAAAGAGAGCCGAGUACGACGAUGACGAUGAUGAUAUUGACGACGGCUUCCUCUUUGAACCCCUGGGGCCAACCGUCCGGAAAGCCAUUGACGGGCCUGCUCCCAAGAAGACGAAGCGGAGGCGGCGCGGAAAGGACAGCGAAGACGAGGAGGCGCCGAACGACUCUGAGUUGGAAGAAAAGGCUCAGAAGCGCAGAGAUCGCGAGAGAGAGAAGGCGAGAAAGGUCAAGAGCGAAGCGUACGUCCACGCUAGCGAUGACGAUACGGACGAGGAAUAUGACCGCGAGUUCUUCCAACGAGAAGAGGCACAGCGCUUGCGCUUGUCUCGUCUCAUAGAGAAGGCUGCGGUAUCGGAACCGACCAAGAGACCAGCAGCGGUGCUGCUCGAUGAUAGCGACGACAAUGACGAUGAUGUACUCGCUGUGACGAAGGGCACCCCGUCUACUCGGCUUAGUGCCGAUGUAGAUAUGGAUGCCGCAAGCGAUGGCGAGCAGAAUGGAGACAAGGCUACGCCAUUGAGUUCUAGUCCGUCUUCUUCUCAGGAGAAGGGUUCUAGGAAACGGAGACGCAUAACUCCUGAGGCACAAGCUGCUGAAGAAAGGGUGGAGGCUACAGAGAAGGCAGAUGCCGAUUCUGAUGACGAAGAUGCGCCGGUGCCUACAGCGCGCUCGCGGCAGCGCACGAGGGGAGGUUUCGUGAUGGAGAGUAGUGAUGAGGAAUAA